GUGACAUAAUACGAGUAGGUACUCCGUUAAUAUUGCUUCCCUUUGGAACAAGGAAUAAACCUUUCCAAUAUUCCCCUGGCGAAAAUCCCACUCCAUCUCCUCUUCUUCAUUGCGGUUCCUUCCGCCAAUUGAUUUACCCUUUUCUCUACCCUUUCCUUAUCGACACGAAAAAUUUCGAAUUCAAUCAACACAUUCAUACAGAAAACCUAACCGAUCGAAAUCACACUCCACGGUUCCGUCAAUCUCUCAACUGUGGUUCGAAUAUGGCUUCGAUGGAAGGUCUGGUGCCCAUAACGAGGGCCUUUCUGGCUUCUUACUACGAUAAGUACCCCUUCGCUCCUCUCUCCGGCGACGUCAAUCGUCUCACGACUGAAAUCCGGUCAAUGGCCACCGAUCUGUGCAAGGACGUGUCGCUCACCGAAGGAGAACGUUUGUUGGUACACGAAGCAGAGUGCCAGCCUCCCCACAAAAUUGAUGAAAACAUGUGGAAGAACCGAGAACAAUUAGAGGAAAUUAUUUACCUAUUAGAAAGCUCUCAUUGGCCAAAAGCGCUUCAACAACAGUCAACAACUGAAGAUGCAGAGCUUGCUUCUAUUCUUGGGCGGCUAAAAGAUAAGUUCGACAAUGCUUUGAAGACAUUACAGUUCUUCCAGUCCAAGAAUUCUGAAUUUGUUUUCAACACAGUUAUGACCUAUAUGCCCCAAGACUUUCGGGGGACAUUGAUCAGACAGCAGAGAGAGCGGUCGGAGAGGAAUAAGCAAGCUGAGGUUGAUACUUUAGUAAUUUCAGGUGGAAGUAUACGGGAUCGAUAUGCUCUGCUUUGGAAACAACAAAUGGAGAGGAGGAGACAGUUAAGUCAGCUUGGUUCCGCAACAGGCGUCUACAAGACGCUUGUGAAGUAUUUGGUUGGAGUGCCACAGGUUCUACUUGAUUUCAUUCGGCAAAUUAAUGAUGAUCACGGGCCCAUGGAAGAGCAACGACAACGUUAUGGACCACCUUUGUACAGCCUUACAGCAAUGGUUCUCAAUAUUCGACUUUUUCUUACUCUAUCACUGGGGCAAUUUGAAGCUAGAAAAGAACAGAAGGACCAAAUAACUAUUCUGGAAGAAGCAGUUGAUGUAUAUACCUCCGAGUUUGAAAGAUUCAUUAAAUUUAUGGGUGAGGUCUUUGCCAAUUCCCCUUUCUUCAUUACAGCAGAGGUUGCUGGUACCACUGAAGGGAGGAAAGAUGAAGACUAUAAAGAAACAAGCAUUCCUGCUGGGAGAACUUUUGAGGUUUCAUUUUCUGUGGAAUCUCUAAACUCGUAUAUUGCUUGGGAUUUCUCAUUGUUGCAAGGCAAAGUGAACCUGGAUAUCGGAUUUAGCGUGGAGCACACAGAUUCUUUGGGGCAAAAAACGCUGAUCUUGCCUUACCGACGCUAUGAAUCUGACCAAGGAAACUUCUGCACAGUCAUGGCUGGACACUACAGGCUCCUCUGGGACAAUUCAUAUUCAACCUUUUUCAGAAAGGUAUUGCGCUACAAGGUGGACUGUAUACCUCCAGUUUCGGAGCCGGUGAACUCAGCAAGUGAAGUAGAAGAAUAAGAGGAGCGUUGAUGGAGGUGAUUACUAUCUCUCAUUCAUUUGUAAUCAUUGUAAUUCAUGAUUUUUGCAAUCUCAUCUCCUUAGGUUGGUGGUCCCUCUCCCUCGGGUUAUAAUCACUGUUAUUUACCACUGUACUUUGUUGAAUAUUAGUACAUGCCACCUGACCAAUACAGAGUGGGUGGCCUUACUUCCUUCACUUCCAGCUUGACCCCGAGAGGAUACAUGUAUCAUGUUGUAUAUUACAUCUCGUGCAAUCAUUUUAUGCGUUAAUCAAGCAAUUUCAAAAAUCAAAAA